AUGUUCCCAAACAUAGGCGUCGACCUCCUCUACCUCCCCCGGCUGUCUACGCUCCUCCGCCGGCGCGGCACAUAUCUCCACCGCUUCGCUUCACGGAUCCUCACUGCCAGCGAACUCACCACGUUCCAACAAAAGCUGCACGGCGAGGACAUAAGCUCCGUCGUGCGAUGGCUCGGUGUUCGGUGGGCUGCGAAGGAGGCCGCAUUCAAGGCCGGCGGUGUAGGGAGACGCCUACAGUGGAAGGAGGUUGAAGUUCGAUAUCUGGCUAGUGGACAGCCGUACCUGACGUUACCACGGGAGGGGAUCACGGGCGGCCUGAGCAUUUCCCACGACGGCGAGUACGUCGUUGCUAUGGCCAUGCUGCCGCCCGAGAAAGGGACGAUGGCGGAGUGGGUGAAGGGCCGGAGGGAGGAAGCGGUUGCAGUACACGGAUAG